CCACAGCAGCUGGAGUUCAUCACCCCCUUCCAGCUGUACUUCAACCCCGACCUCAUCUUCAGGAAGUUCCAGAUAUGGAGGCUGAUCACCAACUUCCUCUUUUUUGGGCCCCUGGGAUUCAGUUUCUUUUUCAACAUGAUAUUUCUGUACAGGUACUGCCGCAUGCUAGAAGAAGGCUCCUUCCGUGGAAGAACGGCUGACUUUGUCUUCAUGUUCCUCUUCGGAGGGUUUCUUAUGACACUAUUUGGACUCUUUGCCAGCCUGUUUUUCUUGGGCCAGGCUUUCACCAUCAUGCUGGUGUACGUGUGGAGUCGCAGGAACCCUUAUAUCCGCAUGAACUUCUUUGGGCUUCUUAACUUCCAGGCCCCCUUCUUGCCCUGGGUCCUGAUGGGAUUCUCUCUGCUCCUGGGCAACUCCAUCAUCAUUGACUUAUUGGGGAUUGCAGUGGGUCACAUCUAUUAUUUCUUGGAAGAUGUUUUCCCCAACCAGCCUGGAGGAAAGAAGUUGCUGUUAACCCCCAGCUUCCUGAAGAUUGUAUUUGACACACCUGAAGAGGAUCCCAACUAUAACCCUCUCCCUGAGGAUCGUCCAGAAAAUCACCCUAGAGACCAAGACCAGCAGCAGCAUCCACAGUAACACAGAGGACUUCUCCAUGUGGCCAGAUUCCUCUCUUCCGGCUGGACUUAACGCAGUGGCCCAGAGAUCUGACUGGAGUAACACCAGUUGCCAUUCUGAUGUGUAAUGUUUCACUGUUUGUAUGGGUAACUCAUCUUCCCCUUGUACCAAGUGGUUUCACAGAGCUUCGCACAUAAGAACUGCUGAGUGUGUACAGAGGUUCCAGGGAUGGGCUGGAAGGUGUGAUGGCUCCUCUGUUGCCCAGUGGGGAACAGGUAUCAAAUGGUGUUAAACCAGUUACUCCUUCUUUUGCUCUUAAUGACUUGCUGUGUGUGCCAGGUCACUCUCACCCUCUGUACAAAGACUUAACGCUCCUGGCUCUUGCUGUUGUGAGGCCUCUUUGUGGGCUUUCAGUGAAGUAGUACUCCCUACUCUACCUGGUAGAAUGCAGCUCAGCCUCUUCCUUUCCUCCAACUCCCCCAACCCCUUAUUUGGUUGUUUUUGUUUCCAAAGAGUCUUUACAUUAAAGUCUUUAUUUUUCA